AUGAUUAAAGACGAUUACUUUGGUCCUCACAGUUUGUCCCAAGAGGCAAGUGAGGCGUCACAGGAGAGUACUAUUGAGGAAAGGCUAGAUCUUCCAGAAGAAUGAUCCGAGUUAUGGGAUGACUAUCAGAUGCAAGCUAAGGAUUUCUUACCAAUGGAGGAAGAUUUUGCACACAAGAAUUAUCCACAAAUCAGGAAAUACCACAGCGCUGAGAAUUCUACAAGCAGGUUAUCUGAAGCUCAAAACAAUUAUUUACUAAAAUAUUUCAGGAUUCUCAAGUCAAGAAUUUCCCAGAAAAUUAUUCACAACUCUUUUGACAUAGAUCUUGCAAGAACCAAUCUCCAGGAGAUUCAUUGCAGUAAAGAAGACAUUUUUAGCCAGAUAGAUGACUACUUCAAUCAAGCUCUCUUGGCUCUUCAAAAGAGAUGCGAAUUUCUUAAAGAGAAAUACAAAAAAAUCGAGAAAUCUGAAAUUCAGAGACUUGAAUAUCAGCUAACCUCUUUGGAAACUUCCAAUGAGGUCUUAGUCAAGACCUUGGAGCAGAUAGAAGAGAUGCUUUCUUCGAACUCUGCUAGCUCAAGCGAUGAAGAGACAAAGGAGUGAUAUAGAUCCUGUCUCUCUAACUUCCAGCAGGCUUCGCAGAAACCUUCUGAUAUUACUUAUUUCAGACCAUGAUCUUUUGAAUGUCCAACUUUCGUUGGACAUGAGGAAGACCUCAUGGCCUUCUCUAAGUUAGGGGAGAUCAGGGAUAAUUCGCACCAUGUAUUUCCAAUAGUGAUCUUUAAUACGUACAACUUUGAGAUGCUCCAAUAUGACGAUUCUCUUCACAAGUUCUUACCAUGCAAGGUGAAUCCCUUUGAACGGGCCAAUUUUGUCCUUCCGAAAUAUUUUAAGUACCAAGUAACAUCAUUUGAUGAAGUAGUGCUACUUGGAGGUAGCAAAGAGCUUAAUUCUCAGAGAAAUCCCAGAAAAUAAAGUCUAUAUUGCAUCAGAUCUUGCUUUCAAGAUCUUUAAGGGGAAUCUCAGCCAAUUGGAUCAAGUUAUGAACAAACCAAGACAAUAUUUUAGCCUUGUGCAUGCUAAAGAGAGGAACCAGAUUUUUAUCAUAGGGGGUUUUAAUGAAAAAGGAGGAGCCCUAUCUUCUUGUGAAAAGUUAUGACUCAAAACCUAUACCUUCUCUGAGAUUGCUCCUAUGGUCCAGAAAAGAUACAAUUGAGCUGCGACUCUUGUGGCUAAUCAGCAUAUUUUUGUAUUCAAUGGAGUUAGCAAGCCACAAGAUCUGAACACUAUUGAGAAGUACAGCUUUGCUUUCGACUUUUGGGAGAAGCUGAGCAUAAAGACCCCAUUUAGAGUUCAUAAUAAUUUCGCCAAAAGGAUCAGCUCAGAUGAGAUUCUCAUCCUUGGUGGGAAGCAGGAUGUGGGAAGACAUCCAAAAAUCUCUCGUCCCAUGACCUCAGUAUUUAUAUUUAAUACCAAGUCGAAUGCACUUGUGAACUUACCUAAGCUAGGAUUUAACUACAAGAUUGGAGAUGUGUUCAUCAAUAACAAAAUGCAAGCUUUGCUUUUCAUUCCUGAUACGAAAAAGAUUCUCAUCUAUGACCUGGAAAAGAACUACCCGCAAUGCAACAAGCAUCCUGUUGCCUCCAGAAUGACCCAAAGAGAGUGAGUCAACAACAAUCUCACUCUUCGGAGACAUUUCUCUGAAAAAUUGGCUUAUCACUCGUCCCAUGAAUAUAUUGAAAUGCAGGAUUUUAACCCUCCUAUUGCAAAGAAAUCAGGGAAAUUUCAGGAUAGAGAAGUCCAUCUUUUGCAAACAGAUGACGUUCUUGAUUAA